CCGGCGCGGAGCGGAGCGGAGGGAGGGAAGAGGAGGAGGAGGAGGAAGAAGAGGCGUCGUCGCCGAGCGCCCCACGGUCCCGCUAAAUCUGUGCUGCCGUGUCCAGGUGCCGGUGCCGCGGACGGACACGGAGCCCCCAGCCCGGCCCGCAGCCGCCUUGUCAUGCUGCCCAAAGUGGAGACGGAGGCCCUGGGACUCGCCCGGUCGAAUGGGGAACAGGGGCAGAUGCCAGAAAACAUGCAAGUGUCUCAGUUUAAAAUGGUGAAUUACUCUUAUGACGAAGACCUGGAGGAGCUGUGUCCGGUGUGCGGAGAUAAAGUGUCGGGGUACCACUACGGGCUGCUCACCUGCGAGAGCUGCAAGGGAUUCUUUAAACGGACGGUGCAGAAUAACAAGAGGUACACGUGUAUAGAAAACCAGAACUGCCAGAUUGACAAAACCCAGAGGAAGCGAUGCCCUUACUGCCGAUUUCAAAAAUGCCUCAGUGUUGGAAUGAAACUAGAAGCUGUGCGAGCUGACCGAAUGCGCGGCGGCAGAAACAAGUUUGGACCGAUGUACAAGAGAGACAGGGCGCUGAAGCAGCAGAAGAAGGCUCUUAUCCGAGCAAAUGGACUUAAACUGGAAGCCAUGACUCAGGUGAUCCAAGCUAUGCCAACCGACCUGACAAUAUCCUCUGCGAUCCAGAACAUCCAUUCUGCCUCCAAAGGCCUACCUCUGAACCAUACUGCCUUGCCUCCCACAGACUAUGACAGAAGCCCCUUUGUAACUUCUCCAAUUAGUAUGACGAUGCCACCCCACGGCAGCUUGCAAGGUUACCAAACAUAUGGCCACUUCCCAAGCCGUGCUAUCAAGUCCGAGUACCCCGACCCUUACACUAGCUCACCAGAGUCAAUAAUGGGCUACUCAUACAUGGAUGGUUAUCAAACAAGCUCACCAGCAAGUAUUCCGCAUCUGAUAUUGGAACUCCUGAAAUGUGAGCCAGACGAACCGCAAGUCCAAGCUAAGAUCAUGGCAUAUCUGCAGCAAGAGCAAGCCAACAGAAGCAAACACGAGAAGCUCAACACAUUUGGGCUCAUGUGUAAAAUGGCUGACCAAACCCUAUUCUCCAUCGUCGAGUGGGCUAGGAGUAGCAUCUUUUUUAGAGAACUUAAGGUUGAUGACCAAAUGAAGUUGCUUCAGAACUGCUGGAGUGAACUCUUAAUUCUAGAUCACAUUUACCGGCAAGUGGUACACGGGAAAGAAGGCUCCAUCCUUCUGGUUACCGGGCAACAAGUAGAUUAUUCCGUAAUAGCAUCACAAGCUGGAGCCACCCUCAACAACCUUAUGAGCCAUGCACAAGAACUAGUAGCAAAGCUUCGUUCCCUGCAGUUUGAUCUACGAGAAUUUGUAUGUCUCAAAUUCCUGGUGCUGUUUAGUUUAGAUGUCAAAAAUCUAGAGAACUUCCAGCUUGUGGAGGGUGUUCAGGAACAAGUGAAUGCUGCUCUGCUGGACUACACGAUGUGUAAUUACCCACAGCAAACAGACAAAUUUGGGCAGCUUCUCCUGCGACUACCAGAAAUCCGGGCCAUCAGUAUGCAGGCAGAAGAAUACCUCUACUACAAACACCUGAAUGGAGAUGUUCCAUGUAAUAACCUUCUCAUUGAGAUGCUGCAUGCAAAGAGAGCAUAAAUUAUAUCCGUUAGAGCUUCUGCUUUCAAGGAAAAAAUAUACUCUGAACUGCUCCAAGCAACACUAAUUAAAAUGUGGUUUUAAGACUUUGCAAAAUGGUAUAAUAAUCAAAUACUAAUAGUAAAUAAGUGAUGUAUCAGGGUAUUUGUAUUGCAAACUGUGAAUCAUAUGCUACACAUCCCCAAAGGAAUCUCUAUAGGACUUUAUAAACUGGAGAGAAGUAAACUUAAAAAGUGGAUACUAUCACCAAUGUCAACAUGAAUAAGGACAGAAUGAUUCUUGUAUAUUUAACUUCUGAUUGCCAAUACGAAGAAAUUUAGGGGAAAACUGAUCUGUAUUGUUGAGCUAAGAGAGUGGGGAAUUUGAGUGCACUAAAUUCCUUCACUGUACAGCAGGAUUUCUAGAACAGUUAUAAUAGAUGCAAAGCUGCAUCUAUACCAUCUUCUAUCAUUCUUCCAAGGACCCAACACUUCUUCUGUGAUAAAUAAUGUGGCAUCAUUUAACAGUCUAUAAGAGAGAGUUGGCCUAGGCCAUGUUCUAGGUAGUAUGGCCACCAUUUCCCUGGAGGCUGGUUUUGACAGUCUCUCAGGCCUGCAAAUAGCUAAUACAAAGAGUCUGUUUUCAAGUUAGCUUGGCAUUCUUACUAUGUUCUAAAGUCUGUUUCAUUACGUGUUCAUGUUAUUAAAUCAGGCAGUAUCCUUCUUCUACUACUGUCACUGGCUAUCAUUAAAAAUCUAAGAUAAAUGCACAAAAAAAAAAAAAAAUCAACUCAAAUAUAUACUUCACUAGUGCAGUGGCUAAAAUAUAGCUCUGCUAUAUACUCAUGGCCUUUUCCAAAAAAAA